AACAAAUAGAGAGAUAUAUCACAGUCAUAGAGUAGUGAUAGUGUAUGACACAGAUUAAUAGAUACAUUAAUGAUCUGUGGUCAUAGAUUAUCUAAAACAAAACAAAUUAUGGAUUUUAUUUUUGCUUGAAAGUUGACGAAGUCUAAAAUUUCAAUGGGUAAUCCUAUUAUUAUCUGACACGAUCUAAUUCACAUCUAUUUAGCGAAUAAAUCUAGUGAUUCAGUUUCAAUAUGGAUUUUAAGUACAACUUAUAAUUAAGAUGAUUACCUCAAAUAUGGACUACGAUUAUCUUAUUAAACUUCUAUGUGUUGGCGAUUCUGGUGUUGGUAAAACGAGCUUUUUAUACAAGUAUACUGAUGGCGUUUUUCACACACAAUUCAUAUCAACUGUUGGAAUUGACUUUAGAGAAAAGACUGUGAUUUAUCAACAGAAUACAAGGCAACAUCGUAUACAUUUGCAGUUAUGGGACACAGCCGGCCAAGAGAGAUUCAGGAGUUUAACAACAGCAUUUUACAGAGAUGCAAUGGGCUUCUUACUACUUUUUGAUUUGACAAAUGAGGCAUCAUUCUUAGAGGUUCGCAACUGGAUUGAACAAUUAAAGACUCACAGCCUCAGUGACGACCCUGACAUAGUUCUGUGUGGUCAUAAAUGUGAUCUGCAGGAGAAACGGCUGGUGAACCAAAACCGUGCCAGAGAAUUUGCAAAGAACUACAAUUUACCGUACUUGGAAACAAGUGCCAAAACUGGACUAAACAUUGACCGUGCUAUCGAAAUAUUGCUCGACAAGAUCAUGUUAAGAAUGGAAACAUCUGUUGAAUAUGCAAUGCUGUGUGCAUCAGGCCGAAGGCGUCAGUCCUUACAAAGGCUGCAAGCGAAGCAGGAUAGAAAGCUGUGCUCCUGUUAAAACAUUCCAAACUGAGAUUUUUAUACAUUCCUCAGUAAAAAGUAGGUGCCCUGGAGUAUUUUUAAGGUAAUUUUUGUUAAAUUUAAUGUAUUAUUAUUAGGUCAGACUAAAUUUACAGAUCUAUGUAAACUUUUACAGAGAUUAUAAUGUCUGUAUAUCUGUUAAUUUAGUCACAAUGUUUAAUUUAUUUAUAUUUAUUGUAAAAAGCGAUCAUUUAUAAGGCCUUCAUAAUUGAUAUAAUAAUGUAAAAAUUGUUAAAAAUUAAAAGGUUUUCUCUAAAACACAAAAUAAUUAUAAAGUUAUAAUAUUCGGUGUCUAUGCAAAUUUUUGGACCAAACUAUUAAAUGGAUACCUUAAAAAUGUUUUUGGGCGCCUAGAAAAUUUUUCUGCCUAACUAAAUAACUAAAGUUUCAAUGAUAAACUUAAAAUUUAAAACUAAAAUUUUUAUUCUUAUUUUUACUAUUAAGGAAAAUAAUGCCAAAAGAGCUGUUUUGAGACUGAUUUUGAUUUUUAAUAGUCAUACGAAAUUUUCAGCACAAUUCAAUGGUGCUAAUAUGGCUUUACAGUAAUCUAUGAACUAAAAUAAACAGAUGUAAAAAUAAAAUGUGUGAAAACUCAAAAAAAAAUUGUUACGAAAUUUGUUGAAAAAUGUAAGAUAUAAAAUAAAUGUCAGUAAAAUAUAUUAAUGCAAAACCCAAAAAAUAAAUAAAGCCCAAACAUUCCUAGUAAUAAUAAUAAUUAAUAUUACAAAUGUAUAUUAAAUAUUAUUUAGAUGAGACCUUUUUAAUCUGUCAACUUGGCUUGGCAAAUUCGUUCGUAACACUCUUGAUAGUCCGCGCGGGAGAGGGGUUGCGAUGCCCCGCGCGCACGACUUUAUAUCCGCGCAGUCCUUCCUUCUGCCCCGCGCGUACGGCUUCACACCCGCGCAGUCCUUCCCCCCCGUCGCCCGCAUAUCAUGGGAGUGUCACCAACGAACUUGCCAAGCUAUUGUCUAGUUUAGAGAAUAAUGUAAAGUCCAUAUAGCAUUGUUACAAAUUAAUAUCUGCUCUUUUAUAUGAUAAACUGAAUUGAGAUUUUACGACGACUUUAAUAGUAAUAAAUAUUUCGUAAAACACUUAAAAUCCUGAACUUGCUAUGUAAAUUAAUGCAACUAAUUUCACUGCCUGAUAUAUUUUAUUUAUUAAAAAAAAUUACAACUGAUACAAUAAAACUAUUCAAUGUUUUGUAUGUUGUGAGCUUUAGUGGUGAUCACAAAUUGUUUUAAAAUUAAAUAUGUCUAUGUCAUAUUUGUCAAUGUCGAUCUGUUUUAUGAUUUUAUCAAAUAAUAUUGUAAUUUAUUUGCAAGUUAUUCAACUUAUGACGACUUUUUUAUUUGUGUAUAUUUGUUAUAAUAUUUGUAGUUCUAAUUUUGUUACCAUUAUGUCUAAGAUGUGUAUCACGACUAACAAAAACAAAUGGGCCGGUCAAUGGGGAUGGAAUGGGGAUGAUGACUAGGUUUAAAUAUAUUUAUUUUUAUGAUACAUUCGGGUAAAUAAGAUCAAUGUUAACUAAUUUAUACAGAAAAAGCAAAGAUUGUCUAGAUAUUUGUAAAAUAAAUAAGAUUAUGAAAUUUCAAAAUCUAUUAAAAAUCUUUUAUCGUAAUUAGAUGAAAAUUCAUACAGUUUUAGCUUCCUUACAUUAUAUGUGACGUUUUUCAGGGAUUCGUGGCAGAGCCGCAAACAUGACACUCUAAAUACCUGUAUCUCCGAAAGUAAUGAUCGCAUAUACCCUGUUACUUUUACAAAAUUACUUUACUAUUAGCAUACUCCUAUAUUCUUUUAUCUACAAUUUAAAAAAACUGUCAUCAUCUCUGUAUUAUGUCUACCCCGCCUUAAGAUAUGUUGUGGUGUCUACAGCACUUAUGUCUGAUUUUUUUUGUUAUUUUAUAAUAUUGUACAAUUAUUUUCAGUGUUAAGGGUAAUUAGUUGAUUUUUACACCUCAACAUAUGUGUCAUACAAAAUGUAAUGUAAAACAGUAUUAUCUUACACACGUGUAUAGAAAAUAAACUAUAUUUUACAUCAUUUUAAAAUGUAAAAUAUAAUUUAAAAAUAUUGUCAGCAUAAUUAUAUGUGUAAGAUUAGAGACAAAGUGAGAAUUACUGAAUUGAAAAGUGCUUGAAAAUGAAUGUUUCUUGUGCCAGGAAAAAAUUAUUUAGACGUAUUACAUUUCAAAAUAAUUAAUAUUAUUCUGAGUGGAAUUUUGCAAAAUUCAGUGAUGGCACAGGUUUUGUUACCAGAGUAAGCACGAAGUAGAUCGUAAUAGAGAUCAGAAAGCAAUAGAGUGAUUUAGAAAUAGAUUCGUUUUUGGGGGAAGAUCCUCAUAUUUAGCCGACGAACUUUCAGCUUUAUUAAGUAGAUUUUUUUAAUAAUAAUUGUGUCAAUAGUCAGGGAUCCCUAGAACAUUGUGUACCUACACCUGAUUACUAAUAAGCUGAUUUUUCGUGAGUAGCUUCUAGUAAAUUCUUGAUUUUGGUAGCUAACUGAGCUACCAAGAAAUGAAAAUUUCAGAGCGUCGAAACGAGAUAAUGUACCACAAAAUUUGUAGGACAUUGUGGCUGAGUUAAGUAAAAAAAAUCUGUUAAAUAACAACUUUUGUUACUCUACCCUCCUUAUUCUCCUCAAGGUUAUUAAAAGUUGUUACUAACCAGCUGUUUUUUUUACUGUUGCUUAAUGAAUAGUUAUACAUUUUAACAGCCACAUUGUUCUACAAAUUGCUUGGUACAUUAUUUCGUUCCGACGCUCUGAAAUUUUCAUUUCCUGGUUACCCAGUUAAUCCAACAGAAUCAAGAAUUUUCGUAAAUAAAAAAGUAGAUCGUCUCAUCGAGAUGAAGCUACUCACGAAAAAUUAGCUUGUUAGUACCUAAUCAGAUGUACAAAAUGUUCUAGGGAUCCCUGACUAUAACUUAUUGUUGUGUAUUUGCUUAUGUUUAUAGUGUUCCUUAAAAGUGCAGGGUAAAAUUAUUCUAGUCAUUUUUUUUUUGUAUAAUCUAUGAUUGUUUAGCUAUUGUUGUUUUGCUUGCCUUGCCGUGCAUUCGAGUGUUUGAUUUGCACAAAUUUGUUUGCCAUUUUGGAUGCAUUUAAACUUAAUAUUAAGCUGUUAGCUGGUUUAUAUCAUAGCUUAGUUUAAAUAUGCACUUGGUUUCAUAGAUUAGGGUCGCUGAGUAUCUGGCUAUAUGGAGCCAAAGCUGUUUUGUGCUAUCACAAUGUUGUCGAUGUUUGUCCAUUUACAUUGAUGUUUUUUAGGGAUUCAUUGUGUUGGUGUUUUUGCCAGAUAUGUGCUGACCCUUAGGCGCGAUUUAUACAGAAAUGAUGUUGCGUAAAGAUUUGGUAGAUAGACUUAUCGUUGAUUGCGUAUACUAAUAUACAAGCCGAAGUCCCGCGGUUUCACCCGCGUAGUUCGCGUUCCAUGGCGAAUACGGCGGUAAAUUAGCCUGUGCCACUCAGAAAUAACGUGGCUGUCUAGUGUUAGGUAAAAGAAUUUUCAAAAUCGGUUCAGUCAUCAUCAUCAUUAUCAGCCAAUGGACGUCCACUGCAGGACAUAGGCCUCCAAGUACGAUGGUUUCGAGCCGCCAGCAUCCAGCGGCUUCCUGAAACCCACUUGAUAUCCUUGUUCCAUCUAGUGGGGUUAAUUUUCCCCAGAACGCUACAAACUUUACCUCUUUAUAAUAUUAGUGUAGAUAUUUAAGAAUUGUGGCAAAUGUAUGACUGAACAUAAUAAUAUCUAAUAAUAAUUAACUAAAAGCACGUUAAACUUAAUCAAGCAAACCCCUAUUACCUACUUUGGACUUGGUACAUCCCAAGUGAAGGCGUAUUUGUGCCACACGAAGAUAUUUGAAAUGUUCGUACGUUAGCCCUAAACUACAAAUUACAUAUUGGAUAGAAGCAGGCGUUACUUUGCGGAAGUUCAUCAUGAUUAUAUAAUGAUUUAUUUAUUUUGCUAUCAUCCGAUUUUAUCCGAGAGUAUUUUGUCGGACCUGGGUGACGUUGUCGCAUGGGUUCGCCGAAUUUUCGCGGAUGAUAGCAAAAUAAAUAAAUCAUUAUAUAAUUACAAAUUACAAUCUCACCUGGUGGUAAAUGAUGCAAUCUAAGAUGGAAACACGUCCGCAACUUGCUAGGAGGAGGAUGAAAAUCCACACCCUUUUCUGUUUCUAAACAUCGUACCGGAACGCUAAAUUGCUAGUUAUUGGCGUGCUAUCGAAUUUGACAAUGCGACUUCUAUCUAAAUAUGUAAAACUCAAAGGUGACUGACUGACAUAGUGCUCUAUCAACUCUAUAAGAUCUAUCACAGCUCAAACCACUAGACGACAGACGUAUCGGGCUGAAAUUUGGCAUGCAGGUAGAUGUUAUGACAUCCACUAAAAAAGGAUUUUGACCAAUUCUACCCCAAAGUGGAUAAAAAAGGGGUUGAAAGUUUUUAUGAAACUUUGUCAAUUUUGUGGCGAUUUGGCUGAAAUUUGGAAUUAAAAUAGAUUUUACUCUGGAUUGACACAUAGGAUACCUUUCAUCCUGAAAUCCAUGGUGCCCGCGGGAUUUGUAAAAAACUUAAAUCCACGGGGACAAAGUCGCGAUCGUCCGCUAGUUUCUGUAUAAAUCGCGUCUAAAUCGAUAGAUAUGUACAGUGAGCAUCAAAUAAAAGAUACAAAUAUCAAAAUGUAAUUUAGUUUGUUGCCAUAUCGUGCUACAGUAGAUUGCAUCCAGCUCGCCUAGAAUGCGUCAACGAUAUAAUAUCCAUGGAAAUGCUGUCGUCAACGAAAGAAAGAUAUCACUUAAGGAUUUCGUCGACAUUGGUCGAAGAUUUCUCUCUUUUUGUAAUGUCUUUGACGCAUUGGUGAUGAAAAUAAAAUGUCUAUACGGAAGGCUAUAUUAUUUAGUUUAAAUUUUUUUAGUUUAGAAUUAUUAAAGCACUGUUAAAAUUAUUGUAAAAUAAAUCUAUGUUAUAAAUCCACAUUAUCUGAGGCUCACUGUAGGUACAGACGUAAAAUAAUAAUUGAACAACAUUCGCCAUAUCAUAAAUUAUCAUCAAUCGAUUUUCUAGAUCUUAUAUAUAUUGAACCAAAAUUAAUAUUAUAAUAGUCUUACUAUACGAUAGUGAAAUAUGUAUUUGAAGAUUUAUUAUAGACUUAAAAGUAUUACCAAUUUAUAAAAAUUAUACACGUUACUUAGUAAUAUUACGUCGGGUGGCUUUUGUAAAACUUUACUUAUUACUGUUGUAUUAUAUUUCUUUAUUAUCUUUAAAAAAUAUCUACUGGCUUUGUGCAUAUAAAUCUAUCCCAUUUUAUUACCUAUAUACAUAUUUUUAUUAUUAUAUUUACAAUUAAAGUCUACACUCUGAUAAACAUUUUUUUGCAUUAACUACUGACACUGAAAAUAAAAAUAUGUAAGUAUGAUACAUCGAUCUCCUAUUAAAAAGUGGAUGCACAAUAAGCGAUCAAAAAACAUCCCCACUCAAUGAGUGCCAAACACAACUUCUUGGCACUCAAUUCAAGUAGUCGCUUUUGCAAAUUCAACCUUGAACUCAAUCCUUAAGGUUGAAUUUGUCUUAAUUUGAGAAAAAAAUGCGUCUACAAUAUUGGAUAUAACUCAAAAACGUUAAAUUAUAAUUUUCUAAAUAUCUGCUUUUAGUAAAAUGGUAUAGGUUUUUAUUAAGAACCAUUGUAAUGGUGUUAUAUCUUCAAUGACCAAGCCGUUAGCUUUUAUGUCAAUUUGUGUACGAUUCAAUUUGUUAUACGAUUAAUGUUUGAAAUGUAUUCCAAUUAAACCAUUUAAAGAACA